AAAAAACAACUUCGCUUUUGCACAAUUUCAGUAAACGCAGCAGAGAGUUUGGAGACAAACCAGAGGGAGUGAAGGUCGAAGAAGCCAUGGGUCGCUCUGGCAUCGCGCUAGCGAUCAUCUUAAUCGGUUGCCUAUCUGCAAUUUCCAUAGCAAAGGAAGAGGCCAACAAAUUGGGAACAGUUAUUGGGAUUGAUCUUGGGACUACCUAUUCAUGUGUUGGUGUUUACAAAAAUGGUCAUGUUGAAAUUAUAGCCAACGACCAAGGAAAUCGUAUCACUCCAUCAUGGGUGGCUUUCACAGACUCCGAGAGGUUGAUUGGUGAGGCAGCAAAGAAUCAGGCGGCUGUAAAUGCCGAGAGGACAAUCUUUGAUGUUAAGAGACUUAUUGGGAGGAAGUUCGAGGACAAAGAAGUCCAGAGGGAUAUGAAACUCGUUCCUUACAAAAUUGUGAACAAGGAUGGAAAACCUUAUAUCCAAGUCAAACUUAAGGAUGGAGAAACUAAGGUUUUCAGUCCCGAGGAGGUCAGUGCCAUGAUUCUAAUCAAGAUGAAGGAGACAGCUGAAGCAUUCCUUGGGAAGAAAAUUAAGGAUGCAGUCGUCACAGUUCCUGCAUACUUUAAUGAUGCCCAAAGGCAGGCUACCAAGGAUGCUGGUGUAAUUGCUGGCUUAAAUGUUGCUAGAAUCAUCAAUGAACCUACAGCUGCUGCUAUUGCAUACGGCUUGGAUAAGAAAGGCGGUGAGAAGAACAUUCUUGUUUUUGACCUUGGUGGUGGGACAUUUGAUGUCAGUAUCUUGACCAUUGACAAUGGUGUUUUUGAGGUUCUCUCCACAAACGGAGACACCCAUCUUGGAGGUGAGGACUUUGACCAAAGGAUCAUGGAGUACUUCAUAAAAUUGAUCAAGAAGAAGCACGGCAAGGACAUCAGCAAGGACAACAGAGCUCUUGGAAAGCUGAGAAGGGAAGCUGAGCGAGCCAAGAGGGCUUUGAGUAGCCAGCACCAGGUCCGAGUCGAGAUUGAGUCACUUUUCGACGGUGUAGAUUUCUCUGAGCCAUUGACUCGAGCUCGAUUUGAGGAGCUGAACAAUGAUCUGUUCAGAAAGACCAUGGGACCUGUGAAGAAGGCCAUGGACGAUGCUGGAUUGGAGAAACGCCAGAUUGAUGAGAUUGUUCUUGUUGGUGGAAGUACCAGAAUUCCAAAGGUUCAACAACUUCUAAGGGAUUACUUUGAUGGAAAGGAACCAAACAAGGGUGUGAACCCGGAUGAGGCAGUGGCUUUCGGUGCUGCAGUACAAGGAGGUAUUUUGAGCGGAGAGGGUGGUGAUGAAACCAAAGAUAUCCUUCUUUUGGAUGUGGCUCCACUUACCCUUGGUAUUGAAACCGUGGGAGGGGUGAUGACCAAAUUGAUCCCCAGGAACACUGUUAUUCCAACCAAGAAAUCUCAAGUAUUUACCACAUACCAGGAUCAGCAGACCGUAGUCUCCAUUCAGGUUUUUGAAGGUGAAAGGAGUCUUACCAAGGACUGUAGGCUUCUUGGGAAAUUUGAUCUCUCUGGCAUUCCUCCAGCUCCUAGGGGAACCCCACAAAUUGAAGUGACAUUCGAAGUAGAUGCGAAUGGUAUCUUGAAUGUGAAGGCUGAAGACAAGGGAACCGGGAAGGCAGAAAAGAUCACCAUCACGAAUGAGAAGGGGAGAUUAAGCCAGGAAGAGAUAGAACGGAUGGUUCGUGAAGCAGAGGAGUUUGCAGAGGAAGACAAAAAGGUGAAGGAAAAGAUCGAUGCUCGUAAUGCCCUUGAAACAUAUGUUUACAACAUGAAGAACCAAAUCAGCGACAAGGAUAAAUUAGCCGAUAAGCUAGAAUCUGACGAGAAAGACAAGAUUGAAACAGCAACAAAAGAGGCUCUGGAGUGGCUGGAUGAGAACCAGUCGGCAGAGAAAGAGGAUUACGAUGAGAAGCUUAAAGAGGUAGAAGCUGUUUGCAACCCCAUCAUAACGGCUGUUUAUCAGAGAACGGGUGGCGCCCCCGGUGGAGGUGCGGACUCAGAAUCAACGGAAGAUGAUGAACAUGAUGAACUCUAGGCUUUUAUUAUAAAUAUAGACAUGAGAGAGAUAGGAAGAAGAAGAAGAAGUUGGUGUAAUUUUUGGAAGUCACUCGGAUUCUUUUCCCUUUGUUCUUGACCUUUGACAAACAUGUAUCAUGCUUUCUUGCUUUGCUUUCUUGCUUUUACUAAACGAGAAAUUUUAAGUUUCAUUCCAUUUUAGGUUUGUC